AUGGAUAAUCACCGGCAGGAGUCCUUCAAGCAGCUUCGCGCGCCAUGUGUCGAACUAAGUUCAGCAGGACUUCGUUUCCGAGGGAAUCAAGCAACCGCCGCCGAGGUGUACCGAGCCCUUGAACCUGUGCAUAAUUGCUUGAGGGAGCUUGCGGAAAAGAACGUCCUUGACGAGAAGUUGGCCGAAUACGCCUUCUUUCCUCUUACACACAUCUUCAACGAAACCCAAAGGAUAUCUGCGCGAUGUUUGGAGAUUGCCGUGAACUGCCUGCGCAUAUUGGUUGCAGAUGGGUGGCGACAGCGGCUAUCUCCUGCAAUGGGCAAGCAGCUCAUAAUCUUGCUGACGCUUAUCGUGGGAGGAUCUCCGGGCAAGGCGGAAGAGAAGCAACUACCCAAGCCCAAGGUAUCAGAAGAGCUGUGCGUUGCCGGGUUUGACUGCCUCACUGCUAUUUUCACGGUUUUGGAGGGUCCCACGGCAGAGCGCACAAUCUACCAUGAGAUCGGCACAGCGACGGUCGUUGAUCAGACGGUAUACAUCCUGCUCGAAGGAAUAAGCGAUGACAGGUCAGACGAUGUCUGCCUGGCAGCUGCGAAAGCUUUACAGGCUUUGUAUCAGAGGGUGACGGACCGUGUGGUCCUCGCUAGUAUCAUGCCCCGCACAGUGUCGGCGCUGGCAAAGCUCCUCAGGCCUACAACACAAACUCGCAGGUCAUGGAAACUGCUCCAAGUAUCUUUGCAGAUUCUCACGGAGCUUCUUAAGGCUGUGCUUAACGACCGCGUCGCAUCAGAGACUGCUCCGCCAGAUUUGGGCAGUGAGAAAAUGGCAUUGGAUGAAACUUGGUUGAAAGCGACUACCACACAGAUAAAACUGGCUUUGGUCAAUGUGAUCCAGGUUCGCCGCCACCAGAGACCGGAGGUACAAUCAGCCAUCUUGGAACUAUGUUUGAUGGUGAUCGAAGAGUGCCAGGUCACUCUUUCUGAUUCACUUCCCAUGAUGGUCGAAACGGUGAUUGUCCUUGCUGAUAAAGAGCACGAAGGAGCCAACGAAGCCUAUCGGAUUGCGGCACACCUUGCCACCACGUAUCCUUCAGUCCUCGACUCACUAAAGGAAUCGCUGCAUACAUGGCUCGCCUCUUUCCCUCGCAUAAUGCAAGGAAAUGACGAAACUGCCAAGCAGUGGGGACUGCGUCAAAUAUCCACCGUCUUUCAGGUGUUGUCCCAGGUUCAGUCCGGGUCCGAUCUCCUCACAAAUGGUUUGGCAUCUGGUCUUUGCGAUAGUGUUGGGGCCAUUGUCCGGCAAAGUUCCAAUUCUCUUCAGCCACUCGCUUCAAUGGAUGGCAAUUUCAGUUGGGAAGUGCUGAGCACAGAUGCUCGAUCCAAAGCAUUCCCACCAAUAAUACUAGAGCACCAGAGCCAGCAACAAACCCUCGUUGAUCUAAGAUCCAUGAUCACGAGAUUGAAUCUGUCAAAUUCUGGUGAUGAGAUCACCCGGUCUAUCGUCAACCGCAUGCACGCCACAUCGAGUGACUCUGCGAUUGCACCCUUCUGGCUAGCCAUGACUUUCCUCAGGGAUAGCACCGCGGCCACGGUCAGCUUUGACGAUUUUAUCGCACUUGAUCACGUCGAAGGCUCCACGUCGUCAUCAGCUCGCGGUGGAAUGAUUGAAGAGCUAUAUUAUAUCUCGUUGAACCUAUUGAAUGAACUGCCAAUGGAUGGCUCGGGCGAUUGGCGCACAUCGGCACUUGCUUUGGAAUCCGUGGCUUUGCAGGCUCAACAGCUGGGAGAGUCCUUCCGACCUGAACUCAUGGACGCGCUGUACCCAACGCUGCAGCUAUUAGCUUCCCAGAACCCUAAUCUUCAGCGGCAUGCCAUGACUUGCCUCAACAUUCUGACCACAUCCUGCAAUUACACAGACACCAGCUCUAUGAUUAUAGAGAAUGUGGACUAUCUGGUGAACUCGGUGGCCUUGAAGCUCAAUACCUUCGAUGUAUCCCCAUACCCGCCACAAGUUCUGUUCAUGAUGGUCAAGCUUUGUGGUGCCCGUUUGAUUCCAUAUCUAGACGAUCUUGUGGACUCGAUAUUUGGUAUUUUGGAUCUUUACCAUGGCUACCCAAAGCUCGUCGAGAUGAUGUUCAAAACCCUAGCUGCUGUUGUGGAAGAGGGAGCCAAGAAGCCAGCGUUGCUUACAAUCGACGACGGGAAACAAAACGGCUCCCAUGACACCCGCAAAUCACAAUACCAACACCUCUCCAUCUCAAGUAUCGCCGCAGACAUUGCCAGCCGAAAGCUCAAGCGCUCGCAGCAUGAAGAAGAAGACCAAGCCGUCUCUCACCCCAAAAAGCCUUGGUCAGAAACCUACGAAAAGCCACCACCAGAGCCAUCCGUCGAGGAGCUUCUCAACCAGGCCGAAUCAGACGAACCGCUCCCGCCACCAAAGGAGCCAGAUGACGCCGAGAAACCGCUCAGCAAAACUCACAAUCUUCUCCUGCACAUUGUCAAAUCAAUCCCAUCUCAUAUUACUUCACCGUCCCCCUAUCUCCGCCGCUCUCUCCUCUCAAUCCUCAUCGACAUUCUGCCGGCCCUCUCCCAAAACGAAAACAGCUUCCUCCCUCUCAUCAACGACCUCUGGCCAACAGUCGCCAGCCGCAUCAUAUUCCCCUCUUCAAUGGAAUCUUCCUCUUCCAAAACCCUCAUCACAUCCACCACCCCCGAACCAACCAACGCAACAGACUACCAAGAAGAAACCUACGUAACAAUCACAGCCUGCGAAGCCAUCGAAGUAAUGUGUAAAGGCGCCGGCGACUUCAUGGCAACAAGAGUCCAAACCGACUUCCCCCGCUGGGACAAACUAUACCGCCGCGUCUGGGACAAAGUGCGCAAUGACGCCGAAGCCGCGAACGAGCGACGAGCUAGAUCCCAACAUACCGGCGAAUUGGAUCUUGCGUCGAGUUCGCAAGUGCUUUCGUCUUUGGCGCUGUCUUCGUCUACGCCUGGCUCGAAGUUCUUUACUUCGCAUCAUCGCUUGUGGCGCGCGUUGGUUUCCCUCUUCCUGACGGUUUUGUCGCAUGUGCGGCUGCCGUUGGAAAUUGGGGAUCGGAUUUGUGAGGUGCUGGGUGGGUGGAUUGCGUUGUUUGUUGGGACGGGGUAUUACUUCCGGACUGAUAGGGCGUCGAUUGCUGGGGAUGAGGUUCUUGGGUCUGUGGAGGGGGCUAUUCGGGCCAUGGAGGCUUGGAAUGAGGACUUGACGUGGUUUAUAUUCAUGCAACAUCGUGUUCAGGCGGGGUCGAAGCCUGUAACGCAUUGCGGCGCAAGUGCUGGCGGCGAGGAUAUGAGGCUAGCUGAGGUUGUGUUCUAG